UGAAAUUCUGGCAGCACUGUAUAGAACCCCGAUUGGCCAAAUAAUAGGAAAACGCGAAAUACCUUUUCAUUUUUUAAAGACAAACAUGUAAAAAAAUGAGACUAGCAGAGUUGACAACGACGAAGAAGAGAAAAAGCACACGCAGCUCUGCAAACGACAACCACAACCACGACGACGACGACGACGACGACGACAAUAGGUUUCUUGGAGUGAGUGGACGAGCGCCCAUCAUCCAGGCAGUGGAGCACAAGCAGCAGCAGGAGUACUAUUAGUUGGAGCUUGCUGGAGCGGAGCGGAGCAGUGGGGCAGUCCGCAAAAAAAAAUCAAUUACAAAACUAAAAACAAAACACGAGCGCAGUGUGAAGUGGCACCGCAUACUCCACCAUGGACUUUGAGAAGAUAUUUCACGACCUGGAAUCGAAUCAGACGCUCGAAAAUGAGGAGGCCAAGAAGAAACUUGUGGAGCUCUUCACGCAGAAUAAGGAAACGUGGGCUGUGAACUUUAUGCUGGACUAUUUCUUCAAAACUGGAUCUCUGCGCAUCCUGGACGUCCUGGUCAAGGCCCAGAAGCCGCACGAUAGCUACAUCUUUGAUCGCCUGGACGUGUGCCUGAACAAACCGCAGCACCGAGUGCAGGGUCUGCAAGUCUUCUGCUUCAUCGUCCGACACCAUCCAACCUGGCUGUACAAAAUAGAGAGUCAUCGGCUCAUCAAAACAGUCUUCAAUCUGCUAACGCACGAGAAGGAGAUUGUGCCCCUGAUGAGCGCCCUGUUGUGCAUCAUUACACUGCUGCCGAUUAUACCCAAUUCAAUGCCGAAUUUCUUCAACUAUCUGUUCGAGGUGUUUGGCCAUCUGGCCUCGUGGAAGCUGCAGAAUAGCAAGAGUCUGCCCGACGAGAAGCUCGUCCAUCUUCAGUUGGGCCUGCAAAUGCUAUUCCAUCGGCUGUACGGCAUGUAUCCGAACACCUUUAUGGCCUUCCUGGCGGAGUUCAUCAAGAAGGGGAACGGCGGUGGCAUCUUUCAGCAUACGAUUAAGCCACUGCUGGACACGGUCCGUGUGCAUCCCAUGCUGCUGACCGACACACCCGAGACUGAGGUCAAUAAUACGCGAUGGAAGGAAAUGGAGCCCCAUGACGUGGUCAUGGAGUGUGCCAAUCUGUCGCUGCCCGUCCUCCAGCCCGAGUCGAGCAACGACGACAACAGCUAUGCGUAUCCCAUGACUCCGGGCUACAGCCGGAUGACCUCGAACACCUCGAAUACCGAGGGAAUUGCCUACCAACUGGGUAGGGAUUUUCAGUACAGUCGGAAUUCCAUCGCCCGCUUCGACUCGUCGGCUUCAGGGGAGCUGGGGCCCAUUUGGAGUCCACAAAAUGAAAUUCACGCCACCAGCAGCGCCAUCCCUCUGACGCCCACCACAUCAUUCAUAUUGCCGCUGCAGCCAUCGAUGAACUCCCAGUUGAUGAUCGGAAUGACGGGCUCCUCGCCGCCGGAGGCUGCUGUGGAGGCCACACCGGAGACAACGCCCCUGAAGGACCUGAGGGAGCUGAAGCAGCAGCAGCAUGGCCUGGCCAUGGCCAAUUCCCAUGCCGUGCGGGCCAUUUUUCCCUCCAGCCAACCCUCGUCGCCGAUGCGCAAGGAUCUACAGAAUCAGUUCAAUUUCCCGGACAUCAGUCGCGAGGCCGAGGAGGGCAGCACCAAAUUUACAACAUACGAGCGUCGCCUGCAGCAGGUCAUCCAGGACAGGCACAGCUCGCAAGCCCUGCUAGAGCAGAGAUCCCUCUCCGGCGUCCUGCCGGAAAUGAACCUCAACUCGGAACUAACUGCGCCUGGAACUGCGGCUGGUAGCCCAUAUCAUGGCCCCUCGCCGGAGGUGGCGGCCCUCUGUGGCGAGUGCAACGAGACGGAUCGAAACAUGUGCAGUGACGGCGGCCUCCAUAUGCCCACCAGCCGAUCCAUGCACACCAUGCUGCAGCAGAGGAAGCGAAGGAAUCGAAUGGCCAGCUACAGCGGCAACGAAACCUGCUCCGAUGGCAGAAGUACGGCGGCCAAGAAGGCAUCGUUCAGCGUCGAAGCGGAUAAUCCGAUACGCCGGGCCAAGUCUUGUUCGGCACUGGCGGGACUGCUGCUGCUGCAGCAACAGCAGGAGGCGAACGAUGAUGAGGCCGAUUGUCCAACGGGCGGAGGACAGAGGCGGGAGAAUGGAACGACGCAAAAGACUGGCAGCCGUUUGCAACGCAGCGGCCGAAUAUUGGCAAUGGCAAUGGUGGCACCCAAGGAGCAGCCGGCCAGAAGCUGCACACACGCGUCCACCCAGACGCUGGAGGGUGUGCUGCCGGCUCAAUACGAGAACUGGAUGAUUGAUCUGCUGUUCGAGUGCAAGGAGCAGCGUAAAAUCUACGAUCGGAAUCUGCUCUAUCCGCAGGACAUACUGGAGGAGUACAUCAAGCAGGGCAUCCGAGCCAAUGAGUCCUUCGAUACGGAGCAGUGCAAGCUGAUGUGCCUGCAGCUGGAGUACGAAAGCUAUCGCCGAUCCAUCCAUGCGGAGAGGAAUCGCCGCCUCAUGGGACGCAGUCGGGACAAGCGUAGCCUGGAGAUGGAGCGAGAUCGCCUGCGUGAGCAGCUCAAGAACUUCGAUGCCAAGAACAAGGACCUCGCCGGCAAGAUGGACAACGCCAUGCGAUUGAACAAUGAGCGACAGAAGAGCCACCAAGAAGAGCUCGCCGACAUGAAGGCCAAGUACCAGCACGAGCUGGAGGAGAAGAAGUGCCUGCGGCAGGCCAACGAUGAUCUGCAGACGCGUCUUACCACGGAGAUGGCCCAGCAGAAGGAGAUGAAGUACGAGCUGGAGUCGCUGCGUGGCCAGGUGUUCAGCCUCAGUACAGAGCUGCAGCAUUCCCAGCUUCAAGCGGAUCUCGGCCAGCAAUGCAAGCAGGAGUUGGCCCGCCUCGAGGCCGAGUUCAUCAUCAUGGGCGAUGUUCAAGUGCGGUGUCGCGAUCGUCUGGCCGAGAUUGACAACUAUCGUGCACGCGACGAGGAGCUGCAAAUGCUGCAAGAGAACAGCCACCUGGAGCAGAAGGAUCUGAGGCACAGCCUGGACGAGAAGACAUCACAGCUGGAUAGCAUGAAGCAUAGGAUUAGCGAUCUGCAAGCACAGUUGACCAGCAGCGAGAAGGCCAUGACGGAGCAGAAGCGUCUCCUGAGCACUGUCAACGAUGAGUAUGAGGAAAAGUUUAAGGCGGUGAACAAAAAAUAUGAUGUGCAGAAGAAGAUCAUCAUGCAGAUGGAGGAGAAGCUGAUAAUGAUGAUGCAACAGCCGCAGGGAACUGUGGGACACAACACCUGCUCGCCGGACACGGACAGAACUGACAUUGCCUCAUCCAUUGAACGAAACUCGCCCUUGUCCACAUCAUUGGCAUCGAGUGAGAGCCUGUCCGCGAGUUUGCGGUCAACGGAGCUUAAAAAUCUACAACAGCUGGUGGAGACAACACCCUCGAUACCGGACGUGCCGAGCAGCACACUGUACGAGCUGGCCUCCUCGGCCAGCACCGCCAAUGCCAUCAACAUCACCAGCGGUGCGACGAUAGUGCCGCAUGCCCUGGAGCUGCUGCCCUCAACAUCGACCAGUAGUCAGCAGACGACCCACCCACAUCCACAUCUACAUCUGCAGCAACAGCAACUGGAGCAGCAGCAACAGCACCAACAGCAGCAGCAUCAUCAUCAGCCAUUGCACAGCCAAGAUCCGCAGCCACAAAUGCGUUUGUAAGAAAGAAAUUCAAAUUUCUGUCUAGCAAAAAC